GGCCUUAAUUAUUGUUUGCUCUGUAAACCAAGCAGGAAGUUAUAUUGAAGCAGCUUUUCUUCCUCACUUUAUAAAUAUUGGAGGUGGUUGCUCUGUGCACUCUUGCAGGUUGUUCGUUGGUUGGUUGUUUUGGGGCUUCUCUGAUUUUUGUUCCUUUCUUUUAUGUUUUUUGUCCUCCUUCAAUGGCUCUCUGCUUCCUUCACUCCUCUUUCACUCUGCUCCUGCUACUUUCUUGCUUCUCUGCUUCUCUGUUCCUCUGCAAUGCCUAUUUCCCCUUGAAGCACCGCCACCAACACCAUCCUCGCUUCGCCAGCCACAACUACAGGGAUGCUCUCACCAAGUCCAUCCUCUUCUUUGAAGGCCAGAGAUCUGGGAGGCUCCCUCGCAGCCAGAGGGUCACUUGGAGGAGAGACUCUGGCCUCUCAGAUGGGGCUGCUGCCAAUGUGGAUUUGGUGGGAGGAUACUAUGAUGCAGGGGACAAUGUGAAAUUUGGGUUCCCAAUGGCGUUCACCACCACUAUGCUCUCAUGGAGUGUGAUUGAGUUUGGUGGGUUGCUGAAGGGAGAGUUAGGGCAUGCCAAGGACGCCAUUCGCUGGGCCACUGACUAUCUCCUCAAAGCCACUGCUCAUCCGGACACCAUCUACGUUCAGGUGGGUGAUGCUUAUAAGGACCACUCAUGUUGGGAGAGACCAGAGGACAUGGACACUCCAAGGAGUGUGUACAAGAUAGACAGGAGCAACCCUGGCUCUGAUGUGGCCGGUGAAACAGCUGCUGCUCUUGCCGCUGCCUCCUUGGUCUUCAGGAGGAGUGACCCCUCUUACUCCAAGCUCUUGGUCAUGAGGGCCAUCAGGGUUUUCCAGUUUGCUGAUAAGUACAGAGGAUCGUACAGCAAUGGGCUGAAAAAUGUUGUGUGCCCCUUCUAUUGCUCUUUCUCCGGCUACCAGGAUGAGUUGUUGUGGGGAGCUGCUUGGCUGCAUAAGGCCACAAAGAACCCAACUUUUCUCUACUACAUUGAAGUGAACGGACAGACCCUUGGAGCUGCUGAAUAUGACAACACCUUUGGUUGGGACAACAAGCAUGCCGGUGCUAGAAUCCUGCUGUCCAAGUCUUUCUUGGUGCAGAAUGUGCAGUCCCUCCAUGACUACAAGGGCCACGCAGAUAACUUCAUCUGCUCCGUCAUACCGGGGGCUUCUUCCGCCCAAUACACCCCAGGCGGUCUUCUGUUCAAGAUGAGCGAUGCCAACAUGCAGUAUGUGACCUCCACCUCCUUCUUGCUCGUGACCUACGCCAAGUACUUAACCUCGGCCCGCAGGUUCGUCGAUUGUGGAGGCACCCCCAUCACUCCGAGCAGACUCCGCAGCAUCGCCAAGAAACAGGUGGACUAUCUACUUGGGGACAACCCUUUGAGAAUGUCCUACAUGGUGGGCUACGGCCCGCGGUAUCCGCAGAGGGUCCACCACCGGGGAUCGUCCCUCCCUUCCGUUGCUUCCCACCCGGCGAAGAUCCAGUGCUCCUCGGGCUUCAGCUUCAUGAACUCGCAGUCGCCCAAUCCGAACAUCCUUGUGGGGGCUAUAGUGGGCGGCCCGGACCAGCACGACCGGUUCCCAGAUCAACGGUCCGAUUACGAGCAGUCCGAGCCAUGUACCUACAUGAACGCGCCCCUGGUCGGCACGCUGGCUUAUCUAGCCCACUCGUUCGGGCAGCUCUGAAGCUCGAGGCGAGGCCCAAGACAUUGCUUUUCGAUUUCUCUUUUCUUUUCUUUUUCCCUUUCUGCUGUGUUCUAAGUUUGGAAGUCGAGAUUAGAGUCCUAGAAAGGUGCGACGGGGUUGAAGAGACGGCGCCCGAAAAGAAAUGGGUCGAGUCCGAGCCUCCUAGCAUGUGAAAGACACCAGUCGUGAAGGUGUAGAUAGGUGGUUUUUAGAUCUAUCACAUGAGGAAAAUGAUGCUGUGUCGUGUCGCUUGUCGUUACGCAGUGUCCUAUGAGUCCAAGUUUCGUGCCAGGAACGCGACUCUGUCUCGUUUAAUGAGGGAUGACUUGGUUCUUGAAUGGAUGGAACUGCUCUGUUUUUUGUCCAGAGGGUUUGUUACUCUUGGAGUUUUUUGGAACUCGCAAUCAUGUCCUCUAGUGCCUCAACA